GCAGAGCAAGCGUUUUCCAGUACUGACCAUUAGAAACGGGAAGAGUGCUGUUUGCCAGCACUGACCGAAGCUUCGCUGUAAAUAACUGAAUAUAAAAAUAUGCCUGCGAUAUUGGAGACAGACGGUCAACACGCAACAUUACAAUAACGACUCUCGUUAAGCGAAACAUGCAACAGACGGAACAAAAAAUGCCAUCCAAACAGACGACAGUUGCAAAGGAGCCACCCGGGAAUCAUGUUGCCGGGCGCCGUACACAAUGUGAGCCUCGUCUACGCCAUUGUGUGGGCCAUUGACCAUUACUAUGGGCAGUCGACAAGCACGGCCCUGGCCCUCGUGCAGUUCGCCACAAGCGCGGGCAGUCGGGGCUAUCACAACGAUCUGAUUGACGCGACCUUGGACCGAGCCUCGGGUGCGGGUAAAAUUCAGUUUCUCCUCGAGGAUGAGCGCAUGGACAUGACGGAGAACCUCGACGAAUUGCCACCGCCCAGUGGGGUGACGGGGCGACAGAGUGCCAUCUGGUUUUUGGACAGCCUGCGUGCCUACAUCCGACUGGAGCGUUAUCUCCUGCAGCCGGGCAGCGCGUACAAGCGCAACGGCUACUACAUCAUAGUCUACACGGGCAGGGAGGCGCAGCCGCUGGAAACCAUCAAGAUCAUGUUCCGGCGUCUGCUCAACAUCUACGUGCUUAACGUGAAUGUUGUCCUGACGCGACGCGGCACUGUCCAAAUGUACACAUACUAUCCGUACGGACCGCAUCGCUGCCAGUCGUCGCUGCCCGUGUACUAUGGCUCCUUUCAGGGCGUGCCCUCCACUGCGAACUUUGGACUCAGGCGGCAGCUGUUUCCCAGCAAACUGACGAACAUGCAUGGCUGUGAACUGAUCGCAGUGACCUUUGAGCAUCGGCCUUAUGUGCGCAUCGAUGACGAUGCCAAUUCGCCCAACGGUCGCCGUCUGCACGGCAUCGAGGGAAUGAUCUUCAACUCACUGGCGGAACGCAUGAAUUUCACCAUCAAUCUGGUGGAGCGUCAGGACAAAGAUCGUGGACAAAUAAUGCCCAAUGGCAGCGUCACGGGCAUACUCAAAAUGAUACUGGAGGGCGAAGCCAACAUCACAUUCGUGUGCUUCAUGUACAGCAAGGAACGUGCCGAUGUGAUGCUGCCGAGCAUUUCCUAUACGAAUUUUCCCAUUGUGCUGGUGAUACCGGGCGGCGGAACAAUGAAGCCGCUGGAGCGACUCAUGAAACCAUUUGGCUACAUCAUCUGGUCCUGUCUGAUUGUAAGUUUGCUGAUCGGUCUCAGCCUGAUUGCCGUGCUGCAGCUGAUGCCGGUGCCGGCGCUGCGGGAGCUGGUUCUGGGGAGAAGCAAUCGAUUGCCGUGUCUGGGCCUGUGGUACAGCCUUCUCGGCGGCUUGGCGCUGCACACGCCGCGGCGUAACUUUUCACGCUACCUGCUGGUCAUGUGGCUGCUCCAGACGCUGGUGCUGCGUGCCGCCUACACGGGCCAGCUUUAUUUGAUCCUGCAGGAUGCUCAGGUGCGCACACCGCUGCAGUCGUUGGCGGAGGUGGUGGCCAAGGGCUAUGAGUUCUACAUGCUGCCAGCGCUGAGGGGCGUAUUCCGCGACUCGCUGCUCAGCUCAAACGUUCGUUUGUUACGGAGCCACGAGGCGUCGCUGCUGCGACUGCGCGACGAGGAUGAUCCGGGGAUAGCCGUGCCGCUACUGCAGCCCACCGUCUACGAGUUUGACUAUCUAUCCGGCCCGACCAGGCGACGUCUGACCGUGCUGCCCGGUGCCCUAAUGACUGCCCCACUGACGCUCUACAUGCGGCCGCACUCGUACCUAAAGCGUCGCAUCGAUCGCCUGCUCAUGGCCAUGAUGUCGUCGGGCAUUAUCUAUCGCUAUCGCCGCAUUUAUCUCGAUCGCAUCGAGCGCAUGGCCAAGCGCCGCAGCGCGGAGCCUCAGCCCCUCACCAUUGCGCAGCUGAGCGGCAUCUUUUUCUGCCUAAUGGUUCUCCAGCUGCUCGCUGGCAUGGUCUUUGUACUGGAGCGUCUGGCACUGAGGCAUUCCCGUUUCCGCCGAGCUCUGGAUGUUGCCAAUCGUUAUGUAGCUUAA